CCGCGCCGCCUCAUCCCGCGCCUGCGCAGCAGCCGCUUCCUCUCCCCGUCGGCGCCGAGCAGGAAGAUGGCCAAGCGCACCAAGAAGGUCGGGAUUGUGGGUAAAUAUGGUACCCGUUACGGUGCAUCCCUUAGGAAAAUGGUGAAGAAGAUUGAAAUUAGCCAGCAUGCCAAGUAUACCUGCUCCUUCUGUGGAAAGACCAAAAUGAAGAGGAAGGCUGUGGGUAUCUGGCACUGCGGAUCCUGCAUGAAGACAGUUGCUGGUGGUGCCUGGACUUACAAUACCACCUCUGCAGUGACAGUCAAAUCUGCCAUCAGAAGACUGAAGGAGUUGAAAGACCAGUAGAAGCUGCUUCCUGCUCUCCUGGUGACACAGCCUUUGUUUCCCCACUGUCAAGAUCUGUCCUUUAACAAUAAAAAGGUGAUAAUGGA